AUGCGCAAAAAGCGAGCCUGGAUUGUGGAUUUCCUGACCAUGGAAGAAGAGCACACUGGUCCUUUCCCAUAUAAACUGGGAGAUUUAAAUAUUGAGAAGAAAGUUAUAGAAGAGUACGCCAUUCAUGGACAGGGCAUCGACAAAGACCCCAAAGGAAUUCUCUCUGUGGACAGAAACGGCUCAGUUUACGCUCAUAGAAAAGUUGACUAUGAGGAGUACCAGAAACUGAGAAUCUAUCUUUCUAAAAAACGCACAGUAGUUGCUGUGGAUAUCGAUAUUCUGGAUGUUAACGACCACGCUCCUGUUUUUAAUCGGGAUGUGUAUGAAAUCGCAGUAGAUGAAUCAACACAACAAGGUAAGGUUCUGUUCACAAUGCUGGCAACUGAUGACGACCAGCCUGGCACAGCAAACGCUCAGUUCACGCUGAGAAUCGUCUCCGUGUCUCCCUCUGCCUCCAGUGCUGACUUCUUCAUUCAGCAAAGAAAAGGAGAGCAGACGGGAACCAUAUCUUUCAAGGGAUCCCUUGAUUAUGAG